AUGGAAGAAGAGGGUGUGAAGCCAGACGAGGUCAAGAGAAGUGAACUGAAGGGACAAGGCAAGACAAAGGAAGAUGAGAUUGCUGCAACUGAUGAAGUUCAUCCAGAAGACAGUGCGUCUCAGCAAGGCCGCAUUGGAGACAAACACAUCAGUGAUCACGACAAGUUGUUCUAUCUGCAGCAGUACACCGAAGGACAACCACAUGAGAUUGUGAGAGGCUGCCUGCUUAUGUCACCCGAUGUAGGGUACCGGGAGGCUCGGCGCCUUCUGCAAAAGAGGUAUGGAAAUGAGGAGAACAUCAGCGCCGCGCACAUAGAGAAGUUGUUGGUAUGGCCGAACAUCAAGGCAGAUAACAUUGAAAGUCUGCAGAGCUUUGCAGUCGCAAUGAUGGUCUGUGACAGCGUGAUGAAGAACAUGCCUGUUGGUCUAAGAGAAACGGAUCAUCCACGCACGCUUCGGAAGAUUGUGGAGAAGUUGCCAUUCCACAUCCAUGAUCGUUGGAGAAGAUUGGCUGACGCUGCUAUGGAACAUGAACAACGGCGAGUCACCUUCUCGGACUUGGUCGAGUUUGUGGACAGAGAGGCAAGAAUAGCGGCCAAUCCCUUGUAUGGGCGUCAGAAGAUGGAAGCCUCAAGAUCGAACUCAACCGCAAAGGAGAGCCAGCGCACGAGAACAAAGUAUGGACUGGCCACGUCAGUGCAAGUUCGGAAUCAGUGCAUCUACUGCAAGAAGACGCACGCUUUGGAAGAUUGCGAGACACUGAGACUGAGGAAGCCAGAUGAGCGCAAGAAGUUCAUCCAAGAAAAAGGUCUGUGCUUCGGCUGUCUGAAGUCUGGACACUUGGCAAGAGGAUGUCAGCAGAGGAGCACCUGCAAGAUCUGUGGCAGGCGCCACGUCACGCUGCUGCAUCAAGAUGGCAACUUCAAGGUCCCGAGUCAGACACCACAGCGGUCUCCUGAUGAAGACCAUGCAAGAGACAAAGGAGAAACCAAUGUCAAGAGCUCAGAUCGACCACAGCCACAGUUGGUGAAGACAGGCUGUGUCAAUCAAGGCAACACAGGUUUGGCUGUCGUACCGGUGGUGGUGAGGUCGGGUGGAAGAUCCGUGACGACACAUGCUCUGUUGGACAGUGGAAGUACGGCAUGCUUCUGUCAGGAAUCACUUCUUGAGAAGCUCGGACUUCAGGACAAGAACAGAACACAGUUGUGCCUUACAACCGUGUGUGAGAACCGGAUCAAGAUCGACAGUCAGGUUGUCCAUGGACUGGAAGUAGCUGACCUUGGAGGACGUCAUGUUCUGCAGCUACCGGCGGUCUACAGUCUGGAGAAAGUUCCAGUUGACGACAGUGAUAUCCCCAGACAGGAAGAUGUGAGCAGAUGGCCUUAUCUAAGGGACGUGCGUCUUCCCCGUGUGGACGCCCCAGUGGAGCUGAUGCUCGGAAACAACGUCCCACUCGCAAUGGAGCCGUGGGAAGUCAUCCACAGCCAAGAGGGAGGACCGUUCGCUACAAGAACUCUGCUCGGAUGGGUCAUCAAUGGUCCCGUUCGACACACCGAGAGAAGUACAGUGACGGCGAAUCGUGUCCAGGUCGAAGAGGAAGGGAUACCAGAGUUGAUCGACAAGCUGUACAACGCAGAGUUCAGUGAAAAGCUGUCAGACGACACAAGAUCAGCCUCAGUAGAAGAUGAGAAGUGGCUGCAGAGAGUGGAAGAUAGUAUCGAACUGAGAGAUGGCCACUACGAAGUAGCGCUUCCUUUGAAGACGGCAGAAGUGAGGCUGCCAAGCAACAGAACUAUGGCUCUGCGCAGACUCGCCAGUCUGAAGAAGAAGUUGACUGAGAACACAAAAUUCAAAGAGGACUACGUUACCUUCAUGGAGAACAUGUUGCAAGAGAAUUUCGCUGAGGAGGUGUCAGACGAAAGCUUGAACAGGACAGACGGUCGUGUGUGGUACAUCCCACAUCAUGGUGUGUAUCACCCCCACAAGGCCGACAAGAUCAGAGUCGUUUUUGAUUGUGCGGCCAAGUACGGUGAUGUAUCCCUGAAUGACGUGCUGCUUCAGGGUCCUGAUCUAACCAGUUCCCUGCUCGGCGUUCUUCUGCGCUUCCGGACUGAGCCAUUCGCAUUCAUGGCAGACGUGCGUGCCAUGUUCUAUCAGGUCAGAGUACCGCCGAUGGAUAGAGAUCUGCUGAGAUUUCUUUGGUGGCCGGAGGGCGACGUCAGCGUGAAGCCCAAGGACUACCGAAUGAACGUACAUAUCUUUGGAGCAGCAUCGUCUCCGAGCUGCUCGAACUUCGCUCUACAGCAGACUGCGCGUGACAACCAGGAUGACUUCAGUGCAGAGGCGUUGGCGACGGUUCGAAGAAACUUCUAUGUCGACGACUGCCUUCGUUCUGCACCCACGGUCGAAGAGGCACGGUCGCUGGCGCUAGAAGUGAAGACGCUGUGCAGCCGAGGUGGAUUUGAACUAACAAAGUACGUCAGCAACAAGGAAGAAGCUCUGAACGAGAUUCCGUCGACAGAUCGAGCUGAACGUGUCACAGAGAAGGGACUCGACUUGGUGGAAGGAGCAAGUGUAAAGAAAGCUCUUGGAGUCAAAUGGAACUUGGGAAGAGACACGCUUGGCUUCUGCGUCAAUGUCAGACGGAUGGAACCAGUGACAAGACGACAGAUUCUCUCAGUCAUCAGCUCGGUCUACGAUCCGUUGGGAGUCGCCGGACCGUUCGUUCUGUACACAUCUGCGAAUGCGGACGAUGUGGCGCUCUGGGCCACGGAGAGAGAACUGGACCGCCGAGCGUCGAUCACAGUGGCACAGCUCCGCGUGAGCUGCUCCCCACUCACCGGAGACACCCGAUUCCGACUUGGUCCGGCCGAGUCUGACGAGGAAGUCCGUUGCGACGAACCGGACUCGGCCAAACACCUGUUGGUCGACUACCCCGCCUACCAGGGGCCACGGACCCGCCCGUGGGGCCCUUUGCCGACGCUGAGGGAGAUCCUUUCCACCGAGGCUGGACUCAUCCGGGACUUCCUGGUGGAGAUGGGCCGGGUCACACGAGAUGACAUGCUGAAGAAGAAGAAGAAGAAGCACCGCCCAGAGGAUGUCACGGAUGCUGGGUGA